CAUGCCAACAAUGUAGUAUCGUCUGUUCCACCUCGUUCAACCACUUGACUUCACCUCAGACCUCCUCGAUUUGACACGUCAUGAACGAGAUGCCCAUCUCCAUCUGGCAGACCCAUGCCAAGAGUGGUCAGAACGACUCUCCGCCGACUACCAUCACCUGGGUUACGGUUCAUUGCGACCCCGCCGCCGAUGUCGUCCUGAUAUCUUGUGAUUUGGUGUACUUUCGAGUGUCCGGUCACUAUCUGAAGCGAAGCAGCGGAUUCGUGAGGGAUCUGCUCAGUGUUCCAUUUCGAAAGCGGAAGCGUAGCUUGUUUGGGCCGGAACGCGCCAAUAGUCUGCCAGACACCCGAGAGGAUCUCGGCGAUGCACCUGUCAUCGAAUUGCAAGCUAGAUCGGCGACCGUUCGGGCUUAUAUCUCCUUGGUUUACCUCAACGCCACGGCAAAGAUCCCAAAGCAAUUCGAGUCCAUACUAGACCGAUACCUCACUUGCUUCGACCAGGUAGUGGAGAUGAUCGACAUUUACAGACUCAUGCAAAGCGAUGAUGAAAAAUGGGACAAGAAGUUGAAAGCAAAGCUCUAUCGGGAAGUACCCAACGCGCCAUGGCAAGCUUUCUGCUACGCUGCGCAUCUUGGGGAUUUGACCAUGGCUCGAGCAGCGAUCAGAUGCUUUGGACGAGAUCCAAGCUGUCCUCCCUCUCGGUUGCCGGAUGUAGCUCACCAGGCUUUCGCCGAUGCACCAGCUGAUUCGUGGUGGGACGUCAUUCGCCUUCGUGCCAGGGCCUCGACUGGCAUGACCGAUUAUUGGCAUGAAUCGAGGACAAUGGACUGGACAGAAGUAGCGGAGCUAUUCGGACCGGCGGAGGUACGCCUGCAGGCUUCGAGUAGUCUAUCGUAGGGGGCGUAUGCAGUGGAUGGACGGCCGCCUUCAGCGCGAGUCGACACUCAUGAGAAUACGCGGCGAGAGUUGGCGAAACCUUCCUAACUCCAUGUAUGUCGUUUGAUAGCGAGAAACCAUCAUCAUGUAUGGCG